AUGGGUAACUGCGUUGGAGCAAAAUUCUUGGUAUCGCAAAAUGACGCGAAAUUUAGCCGUGAUGAAGUUGAUAAAGAGCCGAAAGCCUUAUCAUCAGUCGACGACAAGAUUGAUAGUCUUGUUCGUCAACUGAUAAGGCAGCAAAAGCUUCAAGGGUCGUGGUACUUGGCCAACACUUGCAGUGGCCACAAAGUGAAGAUAGUGGUGACUAAAGAGCAGUUGCAGCUGCUGAUGAGAAAAGCAGAGGAGCUAAAACAGAGACGUGUUGUACUUCAUUCGGGACGAAAGUUGGGUACUAAUAAGAGAUGGCAGCCAUCCUUAGAACCAAUUCCCGAACUGUGA